UUGGUCAUGAUGCAAUCCGUGAAAUAUUGGCUAUCAGAGCAUCCGUCGAUCGUGAACUUCCGUUGGAGCCAAACCCAAUCGUUUGGUUCCACGUGGUCCUUCCUCUUCUCCUCCAUCGCCGUUUACGUUGUCGCCGCCACCACCCUCCACGCCUUGCUUUCUCUCGUCCUCCCCAAACGCCGGCGUGUCCCUCUCGGACCAAUCCCAGCCAUCCACUGCCUUUGCAUCUCCUUGAUCUCCGCCGUCAUUUUCGUCGGCACCCUUCUCUCCGCGGCCGCCGAGAUUCGUGAUACGCGUUGGUUCUGGGGCCGCACGAAAACCAUCACCACUCCAUUCCAAUGGUUCCUCUGUUUCCCACUCGGAACGCGCCCUUCGGGGCGCGUGUUCUUCUGGUCAUACGCUUUUUACCUCUCCCGUUUCCUCCACCUCUUCCGAACAUUCUUCACCAUCCUCCGCCAACGUAAACUAACUUUCUUUCACCUCUCUAACCAAUCAAUUCUCCUAUGCAUGUCUUUUCUCUGGCUGGAAUUCUCCCAAUCGUUUCAAGUCUUAGCCAUUUUGUUAGCCACUUUAUUAUACUCAGUCGUAUAUGGGUACCGAUUCUGGACGGCAAUUGGGCUGCCAAGUGCCUGCUUCCCUUUCGUGUUGAAUUGCCAGGUGGUGUUUCUGGGGUGUAACUUGGUCUGCCAUUUUGGGGUUCUUUUCCUGCAUUUUCUAAAAGGUGGGUGCAAUGGAAUGGGAGCUUGGGGUUUCAAUUCUGUACUCAACGGCGUAACGCUUUGGCUGUUCCUCGAUUUCUACGUUAAGAGGCAUUUGAGAAGGAAAUAUGCCGAUGACAUUAGCAGACAUGGUGGUUCUUCUUCUUCAGCUCGUUCCUUUGGUAGCUCGGAGUCUGAAAUAAAGAGUGAAUGAAUUUCUUCAGCCACUUUUUUUUUCUUUAGUAGUUCUUGUUCUAUAGUUACUUAGUUUAUACUUAGUUCAGCGAGAUCAAUAGGCAAAAAUUUCUCAUUUUUGGAUUUUCUUGCUUCCAAUCUGUGAAGUUUGCAACUGUAUACAUGGA